CAUUUUUAUAAAUGAAAACAUACGAUGACUGAUUCAAAAUUCAUGAAAUCUUAAAAUUAAGUUUGGUACAAUACAGUUAGUAAUAAUAUAGAAGAAUUAUGGCAGAAAGAGGAGCACAUCUUACUGGUACAGUUUUUGCGAAACCAUCAAUUUUUGAGAUUGCCGCUCACAAAUCACUUGCCGCAACACUUGAGCCAGCUAUUAAAAAGAUUAUAACGUUUUGUGCAUCUGUGAACCCUGACAAGUACACAUGGCUUUAUCAAUGGUCUGACGAGAUUUACUUGAUUCUCGUUGCCAUACUUCAAAAUUAUUAUCUUAAAAACUAUUCUGCUUCAUUCUCUGAAACCUUUUAUGGUUUGAAACGGAUAGUUUUGAGAAAUUCUGAAAGGCAAUUGAAUCUGGAUAAUAGAAGACGAUAUCUUUCAUUGGUGAUUUUAACAGCCUUUCCUUACUUACAAAGGAAAAUUGAAAAUCUAGAUACUCAAAUUAAUGAUCCUAAUGCACCACAACAAAGUAAAUGGAAAUGUUGCAUAGUUCAAGGAUUCAAAAUUAUUCGUGCUAUAAAAGAAAUACUUACUUUUUAUCAGUAUCUACUAUAUCUUUCUAAUCGUUCAAAAUAUCCAACACUAUCACUUUGGCUAUUGUCAAUUUCAUUGACAUAUGCAAAUAAUGAUGAGGAGAUUGGCUUAACAGAACUGCUUAAAAAAUUAGGAUCAAGAAAUUUCAAUGCAAGUGAUGGAUUAGAAGUUCUACGAUUAUCAGUUGUACGCUCUAUAGAAGUCAGUGCCUUCUUCCUCCAGUUCCUCCAAUGGUGGAAUCAAGAACAUAACUAUAACUUUAAUUUUACAACACUACCUAUUCCACCACCUCCACAGAUUCCAGAAUUUGCAAAGCCGUAUAAAGGUAUAUGUCCAAUUUGUAAAAGACCACCUAGGAUCCAUACAGCAGUUAGUACUUCAGGCUUUGUAUACUGUUAUCAGUGUAUAUUAGGAGAAGUUAGAAGAAAUGGAAAAUGCCCAGUUACUGGUUACCCUGUCAAUGAUGAUAAUCUUAUAAGGCUUUAUAUACAAUGACUCGAGA